AGUUUCGUGCCCAACACGUUCUCAAUUGAUAUUUCUAUUUUCCAUUGAAGCAGCUUCUGAGGCUUAUAUGUUAGGUUUCUUUUUGUAAUCAUCGAAUUUAAAUUUCACAAUCUAGGGUUUAUCGUCAAAUUUCAUUCUCAUUACACUCUCUUCUAAACUCGAUUAUUCAACCAUUGAUUGUUAUCAGCCUGAUUUGAUAAUCGAAUAUGGGAGAAAGGAAAGUAUUAAACAAGUAUUACCCACCAAAUUUCGAUCCCAGUAAAAUUCAAAGACGAAGAAAACCGAAGAAUCAACAAAUGAAAGUUCGAACAAUGUUGCCAUGGAGUAUACGCUGCAAUUGCGCAGCCGAGUUUGUUAAGAAGAGAGACCCUCAGAACUCAGAUUAUGUAAUUGAGGCUGGCGCAACGCGGCUUUUCGAGCAAUGUCGAAUUGGAGAGGAUGUGAUUGUGGGGGAGAAGAGGAAGUUGGAGUCGGAAGAAACAGGGGAUGUAAUGAAGGGGUUGGAGAAUAGAAUGUUAAAGUCGAAACGAGAGAUGGAUUUGGUAGCAAGGUUUGAGGAGUUGAAGUCUGUGCAGGCGAGGCGUGGGAGAGUUGGUGUGGAUACAUUGCUUGAGGAGUUGAAGCGGACGGGUGAUGAAAAGACGGUGGAUGAUGAGGAUGAGGUACUCGUUAAAUCGAUGUUUCGUGCUCGAUCUGAGCAGGAUGUGUAUGUGCCUCGGAUUGAUGAUGAUGAUGACAGUGAUGAGAUUGCUAAUAAUGUCUGUGUCAAGAAACAGGAAGUUUCUGAACGUACUCAUGUGUUGACAGUGGGUAAUUUAACUGAAGUCGAUUCGAGUAAAUUUGUGACUUCAGAUGGUAAGCAACCUGUCUUGCAGUCUAUGGCUCCGGCAGUCAGAUUCAUGGUGAUGAGGAAACCAACUCAGAAAUCAGACGGCGACAGUGAAUCUGUAAAGAAGGAAGAUACUGCCAGUGGACUUCAAUCGCUUUGUCAGUAUGACAGUGAAGAUGAAUAAGCACAAAGAAAUGAGGUGCAAUAUAGUUUCAAGUGUUUCCUGAUUUUAUCAGAUGUCUAACAUGAAUAUAUGGAAAAUUGUAGACUUUACUUCUAAUGUGGCACUUUUAAGUUUGUUAUAUAAUUGAAGAAGUAUUUGAUUAUUCUUCUU